ACAUUUUCAGUCGCACGGAGACCUCAGUAAGCGACGGUUUGUUCGUGUUUAUAUCGAUUUAAAACCACGAGAUCAAAUCGUUAACAGACAAAGCAAUUAUUCCCCCGAUCCUAUAAUUAUUCAUAACAACAGGAGAAUUUAAAUAAUCGUUGUAAAUCACGUGAAUAAAGUGAAUUGAUGAUAUUUUUCGGAUGAUACGUGCGACCACCGCGAGCCCCACAUUUACUCGUUUCUGUGUUCCAUUUGUUCAGUGUUCCUCGUACCCUCGAUAAAUAUAAAUAAACAACUAAAAAGUCAACAGUGAGAUUGAUAAAUCGAAGAUACAGGGCUAUCGAAAAAAUAUAUAUAUUUUUUUUUUGUCUAAAUGUUGUGAAGUGAUCAGUACAGGGGAGAGAGAGAGAGAACGAGGGAAAAACCGGUUUUAUUUCGAUUAUUUUUUUUUUUUGAGUUGUUUGUGAAAUUGGAUUAAUUAUCCCUCGAUUGGGGAUUUUCGAAUUAAUUAUCGUUGUGGAGUUUAGUGAGUGGGAGCGGAUCAUUUGAGAUCCAUUUGGAUUUUUCUAAGGAACAGUGGAGCAAAACGGCCUCAAACUGUGGGGCUCUGGGGCGUUCUUUCUUCCCCCACAAGGGAUGUACUACCCUGUAAGUGGACUGAAUGAUUAUAGCUGUGGUAUUGGGCACGUGGUGCAGACAGGUAUGGCUGCGCCUUACGGUGGGGGUGUAUUUCCACCCCCUGUGAAUGGUGUAACUGGGGUAGUUGGUACAGCCGGGUCAACUGGUGAUGUUAAACCACCUCCACCAGUGCCGACUAAAGAGGAAUCAACUGGGUCACAGCAGCAGCAAACACCCGGUGGUCCUCAGGUACAAUCGACACAGGGCUCACAACAUCCAACAGCACCAGGAGCACCCGCUGCCACAAGUUUCAGUCCACCACCACCGCCUAACGGCGUUGACCAGCAAGCUAUCUCUGAGGUAUUUCAGGCGGCAGUGGCAGCUGCUGCCGCAGCGGCAGCUAACAGCAGUGGUCAACAGACAGCGUCAGCAGCGUCUGGGGCAAAUGAUACUAAUCAGGAUACUGGAGUUGAGGGCAACAAUAUGGUCCCUGUUACUUCUGGCACAACGACACCUUCCACUGUUACACAGGGCACUGAUCUCAAGGGACAACCUAAACGUCUUCACGUCAGUAAUAUACCGUUCAGAUUCAGAGAUCCUGAUCUCAGGGCCAUGUUUGGUCAAUACGGUCCAAUACUAGACGUUGAGAUUAUUUUUAACGAGCGCGGCAGCAAGGGAUUCGGUUUUGUAACAUUCGCGAAUAGUGCCCAUGCGGACCAGGCACGUGAGAGGCUACACGGCACCGUGGUUGAGGGCAGAAAGAUUGAGGUGAACAACGCAACAGCUCGAGUGCAGACGAAAAAGCCACCAACAGUGCCCAACGUUUGUGUCCAGUGGCCAGAGGCCGCUGCACUACGUGGCGUUGCAAUUCAACGUGGAAGAGUUGGUGCUACCACAAGGGCAACAUUUCCAACUGGUGCUGCUGCUUUAGCGCUUGUCCGUAACCCUGGCCCACUAGCGGCAGCCGCAACUGCCCUUCAUCCCUUUGCACCUGCUGUCUACUAUGAUCCAUUCUUAGCCGCACAUGCAGCGACGCAGGACCCUAACUACAGGCUCCAGCUGGAAUGGCCGCAAGCAACAGCCGACGCGGCAGCAGCAGCAGCCGCAGCUUCACCACUACUGAAGACACCCCUGUCAACGGCACAACAGGCGACGUAUGCCGCAGCUGCCACAUACACAGCAGUUGCCGCAAGAGCGGCUUACGGUGCAGCACAACCAGUCGCCGGAUAUGCUGCAGUCACUGGAUAUGGACGAGAAUACGCCGACCCUUACCUGGGACACAGCAUUGGACCGAUGACAAAUUAUGGGGCGACGGUGUACAGAGGUGGCUACAACAGGUUCACCCCCUACUAAACCUCAAAAUCAGGCAGAUCACGACCAGAGACUCCCCAUUAAAAAAAAAAUCUCAUCAUUUCAUUCCCUCGAACUGAUGGGCGCCCUAAGAGGACCCCCUCCAACCCCUCGUCCCACCGAAGACCUCAAAGCCCUGAAAAACAUUUCACCGAGGGUCUCAUCAUGUUCCUGGGACUCUGUAGAUUCGCACAAACUCCUGAAGAGCCCAAAUAAGCCUCCACCCUCACAUUGGGAUCAUUCGCCAAAUUGUAAUAUAGUUGUAUAUCGAGUAUCACUGGAAUAUUCGCUUUUUAAUCGUUAAAAAUUAUUUCUCCACAAUAAUACGAAAAUUGAUUUACUCAACAUCAUCAUAAUUAUCAGAGAAACAAUCAUCUCGAAGCAAGAAAAAAGAUCUGAUAAACCUAGAAGAGAAAUUAAAAAUGAUGAGAAAGAAUAAAUCAAUUUUCAGAAAUUAAAAUAAUUAAAAUAAAUUAGGUAGCUAGAGUACGACUUAGAAAUACGUGCGUUGGAUAGAUUUCUAUGCCAAAUAUGUGUGUAGGUCGUUCUACGAACCAAAACCGUUAACAUUAAAACGUUGAAGUGAAAUAGAACAUUUUAGAUUUUAAAUUUCAGGUCAUGAUAAAUCCUCAACUGAUUGCGAAAAUGGUUAGAAUGUCGGUUUGAUUAAUCGAAUUUCAUUGCCAACAGUUGGGGAACUAUUCAUGACAAUACCUGAAAUUUAUUUUUUUCCUCAGUUUACAUUGGAUUCUGGUAAAAACAGGGUCUAGUCACAGAGAAAUUACUGGACACAAUCAAACGCGUUUUUCAGUCAUAGGUUUCUGGGGACAGAAAGGGGGAAAUGAUUGUUUGGAGUAAUUCAAGCGAUUUUUUUGCUUAAUUGAGUUAAACGUGGAUUUUCGAGUGAAAUGAUCGUUGAGAGGUUUGAAGGGCCAUGGGUCGAGGGUCACAAGGAAAAACACAAAGUGUCAAGAAAAUUCUUUUCGUAUUUCAAUUCAAUGUCAGCCGAUUUUAAGGAUCAAUUGACCCAUCGAAAGGCCUUUUAACCCUGCAAUGAAACCCUGAAUUACCCUGAAUAAUCAUUUUUCUCCCCCCUUGAACUCAACUCUCCCCCUACCCCAUAAAGUCUCGGGGUUCUAAAAUUCUUCAGUUGAAUUUAUCUCAAACCGUUAACAACUCGUAGAUUAUUUCCUGACGAUAAUUAUCACCGACGUACAUGCCAACUUAUGAACGUACGUACAACUCAUAAAUCCAAGUGGGAUAAUUAAUCUCAAGUUGAAAAUUGUAAGCAAAAGAAAAAGUUAAAUUCGACAAUUAACUUAUUUAUUUACCACUAAGUUAAGGCCAUUCAUGACAUUUCUCUCUUCUUUUUUUAAUGAGAAUUUCAUUACUGUUAAGUUAAUUAAGAGGUAAUUAACUUGGUGAGAACACUGUUGACAAUUUUCUUAUCAAUUAUUUUCUGGGAGGAUUAAUUGCGCACACACGAGUGAGAAGUCAGUACGCACACGAAGGAAUCGUUCUUGUUCUUUGAGAUACAAAAGAAAAUAUUUACGUGGAAAUAAUUAAUGAAAUGAAUUUUUUGAAUGCGUCAGUAAUGACUCUGAGGUGUUGAAAGCAUCGCUUGAAUUUUUUUCGACAAUUUUUCAUGAAUUUUUGAAUUAUUUUUUGGGCGAUUGAAGUAAUUAAAAUGCACGAAAUGAGGAUUAACAAAUCGUUUAAAAAUAAUUAAAGUCGUGUGAAAUAGCCAAAUAUGAAGAUGUUAGGGGAUUAGUUGAUGGCGUUCGUUAUGUUUUAAUAUAAUCCUCGCUAGAUUAGGCUAGUAAUUAACGAUCUAAAGUUUAAUAUCCGAUCAUUAAAGGAUUAACGAGGAACCACAAGACAAAAUGAAUUGAAAAAUAAUAAUAAACGUGAGAUUUUUGUGAGAUUUUUCUGUACAUAACGACAAAUAGUGUCAUUGCACAAAAUAAAUAAAAAGAAAAUCAAUAAAUCGAGAUAUGUGAGAGAGAUGAGACGAUUAAUGACUAAUGAAGGAUUUUGCGAUUGAGUGGAACAAUUUAAUCGAUUUAUUGAUCAUCAUUUGUUGAUAAAUUUUCUCCUCCAUUUCACUACCUCUCACAAGCCCCUGAAUUAUUCCACUCAAUUGCUGAAUAUCUCAGCAUACUCACUUUCUUGUAGUUCUUUAAUUGAUGAUAAUUAACGAGAAACAAAAAUUAAAUAAAAAAACUAAAAACACUUAGAGUCUGUAAUAAAUAAAUAAAUUCAAUCUAGUGAUUAACUGUAACAGCCAUUGCAGAGUCCUCGACAAAUCGCAUUAAUUUUAAAUAAAUCAGAGGGGAUGAAAUUAGUCAUUAAAACUAAAUACUAAUACUUUUGUAAUUAUUUUAAUGGAUUCUACUUUUUUUCUAUACAAUUUUUGUUCAUUUUUUUUGUAAUUAAUUAAUUGAAACCCACUUGCUCAUAAACACGAUUUUCCAUGACAAUUUCUGCUCUCUUUCACUUUAUUUUUUUUUCUCUCCCUGCCCCCCCCCCUCCAGCCCUUAAAAGUUAAGAGAUUUCAUGGAGAGAUGCUAUUGAACCCUGUAUAUUAAUUAAUGUAAUUACGAUUUAUACUAUUCGUGAUUAAUUACCUCUAUUGGUAGGAUAUAAUUAACGAGAAAUUAUUGAGAAAUUUCAUUACAUGAGUAGCAGCUAGAGUAAGUAAAGCUCAAAUGAAUUAAAAAAAUGAGAGGAGAGCCUCGUCAUCCCGAACUCUCGAUAUUGAUUGAGUGAAAAGCAUAAUUAAAUCCUUGUUUCAUCGUUAAUUGCACAAAAAAUUACUUGAGAAUUAAGAGCGAAUGGGCCUAAUAAUGAGACCCAGAACAGACGAUUGGAACAUUAAAAAAAUUGUUAAUCGUUGUUUUAUUGGAUUUCGCAGAUUUUUUAGUCUUGAAUAUGAAAAUUGAAUGAACAAUACUAAACACGUAUUUUUUUAUUUAUAAUAAUAAUGAAAAACGUCCUAUGGAAACAGUUUGAGUAAUUCAGGAGCUUUUUCUUUAAGUUUAUUUCAAGUCAAUGUAAAUUGUCGAGUCGAAUAAUUGAUGAGAGGCUAGUUGAGGGCCAUUUAGCCCUCAAGGUUUUUUUACAAACGAUUUCAACGAUCAGUUUAGCCCUUAAAAACGCUCUCUGGCCCUGCAAAGGAAAUAAAAAAGCUAAACAAAUUGAUCCCUUGACGUUAUUUGAUCCUCAAUCAAAAAUGGGAAAAAUAUUUUUCAUUGAUUACUGAACAUUGAAUUAUUAUGAGGGUCAAGUGAGACCUGAGGGUAUUUGUUGAUUUGCAAUAAUAAUGAAAUAAAAAAUUAAAAAUACGCGUCUAGUAUUCUUCAUUCAAUUUUGGUGUCUUUUUGUUUUUUUGAGUGAAAAAAGGCAAAAACCCUAGGGAAAACAGCAAAAAUUCAUUGACUCGAACAACAUAUCCUAGUGUACGUGGGGCUGCACCAAGUCUCUUCAAUAUCAUUGUAAUAAUUUGUAUGUAAAAAUGAAUAAUCGCACAAUGCAUGACUCCCAAUUGCAUUUGUACAAAAGUCAAAAAAAUUAAUUUCACUGAUUAAUGAGAGGAAAAAAUGAGUUCCUCGAGGAUGAUUUCGUGAAAAGUGAUAUUAUUAACUGAAAACUGGGUUGAAAAAUUGAAAUCAUUGUCAGGAUGAUACCCCGAGCCCUGGGGUGUGUGUAAAAAAAACUGAAUAAAAUUUUAACCGCAGGAAAUGAGCGCAUAACUCGUUAAUUAAAGAGUAAUUGUCAUUUUUAAUUAACCUAGAGGGAGGAAGACUCACUGAAAUCGUUGAAAAAAAAAUAAAUUUACUGACGAUAAUAAACCGAAAAUGAAAUGAAGUAUCCACAGCUACUGGCCACUGAUUUUGCUUCUCGCAGUGUAAAUUGAACCCAAUGAUGGCAGAGAUGAGUAAAUAAUAAUUAUUAAUAAUUAAAAAAUUAUAGGGAGAGCGUAGGAGUGAGAGUUGAUGAAUAACACCGAGUGAAAUUGCAUUAGAUGAUGUCGAGAGGUGUUUUGAGGCUGUAACGACACAUUUAUCAUUGUCUGAUUUGAUAUUUUGUAAGUCUGGACCAGUUAUUAGGUUCUUAAUUACUCCCAUAGCGACUUCUUAUGGCGUAUUUUCUCUGUAUAUUGUCAAUGUUUAUUAUUAAAUAUUUUUCAAAUAA